AUGCCUUCGCAGAUACUAUGUGGCGGCUCGGCGGCGGCCGUCGCUUCGAGAAGAAUGCGGAAUAUUUUGGGUGCCGUCCUGGGAAGAGACGGCUGGCUGUGGAGAACACAUGAGGUCAAACUUAUCAACACAUCCUCAGGUGACACAGUGAAGAUUGGAGAGAUCUCAUACAAACUCAAAACACCCCGGAAUCCAGAACUUGUUCCUGUCAAACACAUUUCAGACUCCUUACCCCAGACAGUGGUUCAGCACCUGCGAUGGAUUAUGCAGAAAGACCUUUUGGGCCAGGAUGUGUUUCUCAUCGGCCCCCCAGGACCCCUGAGACGAUCCAUAGCUAUGCAGUACCUCGAGUUGACCAAACGCGAAGUAGAGUAUGUCGCUCUGUCCAGAGACACCACAGAGACUGACUUGAAACAGAGGAGAGAGAUCCGCUCAGGGACGGCCUUCUACAUAGACCAGUGUGCUGUAAGGGCAGCAACACAGGGUCGAGUCUUGGUCCUGGAGGGGCUAGAGAAGGCAGAGAGGAACGUUCUGCCUGUUCUCAACAACCUGCUAGAGAACAGAGAGAUGCAGCUGGAGGACGGACGCUUCCUAAUGUCAGCGGAGCGCUACGACAAGCUGCUGCAGGAGCACACCAAAGAGGAGCUGGACAGCUGGAAGAUUGUCCGUGUAAGUGAGGACUUUCGGGUCAUCGCUCUUGGCCUUCCUGUCCCCAAGUACAAGGGCAACCCGUUGGAUCCUCCUCUCCGCUCUCGCUUCCAGGCCAGAGACAUCUAUUACCUACCAUUCAAGGACCAGUUGGAGCUGUUGUACACUGCAGGACCAAACAUUGCUGCAGAAAGGGUGUCCCAGCUGCUGUCACUAGCCACCACGCUGUGCUCCCAGGAAUCAUUCAACCUUGGCCUCCCUGACUUCCCUGUGGACAACCUGCUUCCUGCCCUCCAUGUGCUGAACUCUUUCCCCAUGCUGUCCUCCCAGCAGCUAGUCCACAGACUUUACCCCUACAACAGUAUCCUGGGCAAGGAUGGGCGCACUGCUGUAGAGGGUGUACUCAGUAGAUUUGAGCUUUUGGAUGGUCGUGUUCAGCCAGCACCCAGCGCCAUUACGAGGUUGUCCGCUACCAGGGAUCUUGAGGGCCACGCAGAUGUCACAUUACGUAUCGCGGACAAGGACGUCACAUUUCAGGUUCCAGCAGGUACCAAGGAGCUGCGUCCACCCAACAGUAGCCCCACCUUCAUCAGUACACCAAGCCACUCCCAGCUGAUGGCUGAGAUCAUGCAAUCACACAUGGCUAAGGACAUAUGCCUGAUAGGAACCAAGGGUUGUGGAAAGUCAGUGAUUGCGAGAGAGUUCGCUGAGAUGCUGGGUUAUAGCAUAGAGCCAGUCAUGCUCUACCAGGACAUGACAGCCAGGGACCUUCUUCAGCAGAGGUACACUCUCCCUAACGGAGACACAGCGUGGAGGCCGUCUCCACUGGUCACUGCUGCCAUCGAGGGCAAGCUGCUGCUUUUGGACGGCAUACACAGGGUCAACCUGGGAACCCUGGCUGUGCUUUCUAGGUUACUCCACGACAGGGAGCUGGAUCUGUAUGAUGGGACCAGGCUACUGAGAUGGGAUAGAUACCAGACACUAAAGGAACAGCUGCACUUCAGUGACCAGCAACUGCAAGAGAGCACAUGAUGGUGAUGGAGGACAUGUUGAAAGACUUUCUAUUAGGAGAGCACCUCCUGUUGGUGGGCAACCAGGGUGUGGGUAAGAAUAAAAUAGUGGACCGGUUCCUGCACCUGCUGAACAGGCCCAGAGAAUACCUACAGCUCCACAGGGAUACAACGGUCCAGACUCUGACCCUGCAGCCUUCAGUCCGAGACGGAAUCAUCAUGUACGAGGACUCACCUCUGGUGAAGGCAGUGAAACUGGGUCACAUAUUAGUGAUCGACGAGGCCGACAAAGCUCCCACUAACGUCACUUGCAUCCUCAAAACCCUAGUGGAGAGCGGGGAGAUGAUUCUGGCUGACGGACGCAGAAUUAUCUCAGAUCCACGUGAAGCUGAGGGGAGGCCCAACACCAUAGUCAUGCACCCGGACUUCAGGAUGCUCGUCCUGGCUAAUCGACCUGGUUUUCCUUUCCUGGGAAAUGACUUUUUUGGAGCUCUAGGUGAUAUUUUUAGCUGCCAUGCUGUGGACAAUCCAAAGCCCCAGGCGGAGCUGGCAAUGCUUAAACAGUACGGCCCUGAUGUUUCCAUCGCUACUCUGCAGAAGUUGGUGGCUGCCUUUGGAGAGCUAAGGUCUAUGGCCGACCAGGGCACCAUCACCUACCCCUAUUCCACCCGAGAGGUGGUCAACAUUGUCAAACACCUCCAGAAAUUCCCAGAUGAGGGUUUGGCCAACGUGGUGCGAAACGUCUUCGACUUUGACUCGUACAACAAAGACACGCGAGAGGUUCUGAUCGAGGCACUGCACAAGCACGGGAUUCCCAUCGGAGCCAAGCCCAGCUCUGUCACACUGGCUAAGGAGUAA